UUCCUUGCUUUUUUUUGAUACAUGGCUGCGAAGCUCAUCCCUUCCCUCCUCUUCUCCCUCCUCCUGAUCUUCCUCACCUCCGCUGCGAUCUCCGCCGCCCAGUCGCAGACGAACAUCCAAGUCCAGUUCCCCUCCCUCCCCACCCCCUCCUCCCAAAUCCGGCCUCCUCUACUUCCUCCUUCGCCAGAGCCGGCGCUGGCCCCGGCUUCGAAUUCUGCACCUCCCCAAUCCUGCAGAUCCAAAGUGAGGGUCGCCGUCGCCGUCGCCGUCACCGCAGCUAGCAGCUUCGCCCUUUGCGCUCUUCUCUUUUUGACCUUAUUCUUCCUCGCUCGGCGCUUCCAGGUCAGAGUCGCGGAUGUCGCCCUCCCCGAACGCGCUAGUUCGAGGCCCAAGCUUCAGCCCGCUUCGAGCCUCGAUGUUGUUGACGAGAAUGGGCUGGACGCCAUCUACUGGCGCGAUUUCAGGGAGGAGAGGUGCCCCUUCUGCCGGAACCAGUUGGAUGCCUCCGGCUCGGCUGGAGAAGCCGAUGGUGGAGCUGGUGUUGAUGGGUCACUAUCUCCCCCGGCAAACCGGCGGAGGAUACAAGAAAGGCCGUUGCUUCCCGCUGGCAGCAUAAGUUCGUCGCAGUCCAUUUCUUCGGUGCGGAGCGCGCCGUCUCAGUUCUCGUAUUCAGCCGCCGCCGCCGCCGCAGCCACAUCCACUCGGAGCGCGAAGCAUGUGGCUGUUUCCCACCAGGCAUCAGUAACUCGAACGCCGAGAAGAUUGAAUUCGGGGUCCUCGGUCUUAUCGCCAGCGACGCCUCCGUCCCUUCCUCUCCCACCACCGACGAUUACGUCAAGCGCGGCCUCUGCAUCCACGCCGCCUCCGACGACGACGAAAUCGAGCGCGGUCCCUGCAUCACCUCCUUCCCCAACAGUCGCGAAAUCAAUUCCGGAACGGCCUCCUCCUCCACCACCUCCUCCUCCUCCUCCUCCUCCUCGGAAAACCCCGCCAGCAGCUCCAUCACGACCUUCUUUGCCUCCACCGGCCCCACCAACUGGCGGCGCCCGUACGGCCAGCAGCCGAUCCGCGAGGCCACCGCCCGUGCUGCCGGUGUCACCGGCCGCCGCUGUCCCAGAGGAUGGCUCGACGAAGAAGCUGAAGCCGCUUCACUGGGACAAGGUGAACCCGGCGAACGCCCAGCACUCGAUGGUUUGGGACAAUAUCACCGACGGCUCAUUCAGAUUCGAUGAGGACAUAUUGGAAGUCCUGUUUGGCACAAUGGCCAGGAAAUCCUCCGCCGCCGGAGGUAGAGCUGGCGCUGCUUCCGGCGAUGCGGGCCCCAGCAUGCCGACCGCCGCGAUCUCCCUGCUCGAUCAGCGCAGGUCGCAGAACAUCGCCAUCGUCCUCCGCUCCCUGCCCUUCGGCCGCAGCGAAAUCCUCGAAGCCCUCGUCGAUGGCCGCGGCCUACCUGCGGAUGUCCUCGAGCGCCUCACCAAGGUUGCCCCCACCGAGGAGGAGGCGGCCUUGGUCCGAAGCUACGACGGAAACCCCGCCAUGCUAGCCGAGGCGGAGUCCUUCCUAUUCCACAUCUUCCGCGCCGUGCCCUCCUCCCCCUUCGCCCGCUUCGAUGCCAUGCUCUUCCGGGUCAACUACGAGCACGAGGUGGCGCAGCUUCGACAGUCUCUCCAGACGAUGGAGGAGGCUUGCAAGGAGCUCAAGAUGCGCGGCCUUUUGCUCAAGCUACUGGAAGCCGUCCUCAAGGCCGGCAAUUUAAUGAACGCCGGCACGGCCCGCGGCAAUGCCCAGGCCUUCAACCUCUCCGCCCUCUGCAAGCUCUCCGACGUGAAGAGCACUGACGGGAGCACGACGCUGCUGCACUUCGUAGUGGAGGAGGUCGUCCGGUCAGAGGGCAAGCGCCUAGUGGUGACCCGCAACCAUAGCCACGGCCCGACCACCCUGGACCGCACGACCAGCCGGGGUGGCGCCGGCACGAGGGAGGAGAGGGAGAAAGAGUACAUCAAGUUGGGCCUUCCUGUCGUCGGGGGGAUCAGUGAUGAGUUCGCCAGCGUCAAGAAGGCCGCCGGCAUCGACCCCGACUCCCUCGUCGGGACCUGCGCCUCUCUAGGCGCCCGUUUGGCUGAGAUCAAGCAAUUCCUGGACUCAUGCGGCGGCGACGGAUUCACGAGGGAGAUGCGGGCAUUCGUCGAGGCGGCCGAGGAGGAGCUGCGAGGGACGAGAGAAGAGCAUGGGCGGGUGAUGGAGCUGGUGAGGGGUGUUACGGAAUACUACCACCCUGGAACCUCCAGGAAGAACGGAGCCCACCCGUUGCGGCUGUUCGUCACCGUGAGAGACUUCCUGAACAUGGUGGACAAGGCCUGCGUCGACAUCGCGCGGAACCUGCAGAAGAAAAACAGACCGUCCGCAGAAGCUUCGGCGGGGAGGUCGUCGGCGAGAGACAAGAAACCGGUGGCGCGGUUUCCCCACUUGCCGCCGAAUUUCUUGUCGCGAAACGUCAGGUCGGAUUCGAGCAGCGACGACGAAGACACGUCGUGACAGGGGAGAAGAGGAACACAAACUCGUGCUAAGUCAGCACCAUUGACUGUCUAAAUUUUUUUUUUUUCUCUUUUUUAUUUAUUUUGUAUAUAAAUAUUUUACCACAAACCCUCCGCCUAGUAAAUUUAUGCAGCUUUUUAAUUGAUUCUUUA